GUAAAAUAGAAAAUGCAAGCUUUAAACAUAAUAAAAUAUAUGUAAAUCUAUAAUUUGAAUAGAAUUUAUUUAAAAUAAAAGAGAUUUUAGAAAUAUAGAAUGAAAUAACUGUAAGCUUUCGAGAACUUUUUUUCAUAUCUUUCGGGUGUCUUGAGAUCUCAAUUGCCAGAUUGCAUUCGUUCAACGUACUAAAAGGUGUAGCGAAGAAAUGAAGGAAAUAAGAGCUGUAAAUGAGUGUGUUAACAUUAGGGAGAGAGUAGAUCUUCUCAGCAGGUUGGACGCAACUCAUUUUAACUGAUUGUUUAGCAUCCCCAUGAAAUUCAGGGCAUUAGAAUCGACUUUGCCGAAGAAAAAACUUCGAAAAGAGGUUAGCAGCUACAAGAAAAAUGCUUGACUUAAGCUCCUUCAUUACCAGAUAUGACCCGCUGUAAUUUUUUUAAGUCUCCAAAACACAAAUAUAUGUAGCUUCUAAAACCUUUUUUUUAAUUUCCAUGGGUAGAAUUCGGUAUAUCAUAUUCUUGUUUCAAGUCUUUAUAAAAACCUCUCACUGUUAACGUUACAUGCUAAGGCAACACGAAUCGCUCCCAAGUAUAUGUCUGCUGUUGGUGAAAUUUUAACGAACUCAGGGAAAUAAAACUCUUUAUUUAACAAAUUUAUGCAAGAACACCAACCCAAUUCACAUCAACAAGUUGCAAUUGCCCACACCAAACACUGCUGGAGCAAGUGGGACGUUUGUGCUGAGCAGCCUAUGCUGUUGACCAAAACCACCACCAAGCGCUCAACGCCAACGACAGUCCACACAAUUUCGACAUUAGCAACAGCAGUUUGCUGCUUUGUUGCAACUUGUGGCUGCGGCGUGCCCAGCAAUGGUCGUCUGUCUGGUCUGCACGCCUGCAUGUCACUUUCGGACUGUACGACGACUUCCACCAUCUGCAUGGGUGUGUGUGUGUGUGUGUGUGUGUGUGUAAGUCCACCGGACGCCAAACGUAUAUCGUCUUGGUCACUUUUCCUGCCGUGAUGUUGGCGUCAUCAUGCAACGCCAAGACCACGGUUGCUGCUUGCUGGCUACAAGCCGCAAAGGAAGCGCAACAGCCAACAAUAUGUAUUAAGGAAAUAGCAACAAUAACGAUUUUGAAACGAAAUUAAAAGCGGCAACUACCACAACACCAAUAAGCACAAAAAAGGUAACCACAUUUCGAGUCACCAUCAACCAGAGCAACAACAGCUAUUGCAACAUGAUCAAUAUCGCCAAUAAUGCACAACAACUACAAAAUAAGAUCAAUUUAUACCCAACACACAGUCAAGAGCAUACAAGUACAGCACACAAAACGAAACCGCACACAAAACCAGCACCUCCACUGACAUCGUUCAGCGCCACAUACACAUGUACAUUCAUACUUGUAUGUGAGCCCUGCUUGUAACGCCGUUUGCUGCGGCUCAGACGCGCUUCAACUUGUUGUUGACUUUCGUGUUGUUGCUGCUGAUAUGUCUCAACGUCAUUUCGCCGCAAGUGUGGCGUAGACCAGCGCCGUAGUCGCUUGGACGCUACGCUCGACGAGCGUCUCAGCUCAUUGCGCGUCCACACAUUGCGGCGUGCAGUUCGCCAUUUCGCGCUUCAACUGCCUUUCUUCCGUACUUCUUUAUUCCACUCCAGUUCGGUUACGUUCGAAAUUUAGUUCGGCUCAGUUCAGCUUAUUUGUUUGCAAGCUGAUGAUGUUUGUCGGCGCAGCGCGUAAGACCGCGUAAUUCAAGUGUCAACAUCGUUUAAAAAAUUACCACGAUUCUUCGUCCAGUGCUUUUUGCAAGAAAAAAAGACGUUUUAAUGCGCAAAAUUCUUUAAACUUGGAUUAUUUAAUGCAGUGUGCUUUUUGAGGUUGUGAAAAAAUUGCAAAUAACAAUUUGCAUGUUGUAAACGCUUAGAUAUGCGCACGUACAUACGGACAUAUGUAACUGAUAAUAAAAUUUAUAGGCAUACCAAUAAAGGCAGCGAUGAGUGGCAGCACAAUUAGGUGGUGAUUAUAAAGUAAUAAAAUCAAUUGAACCGGAAUAUAAAGAAAAAAACAUAAAAUAUUAAUUUAAAUACGUGAUUAAGUCAGCAACGUGCUAGUACGGGUGCAACUAAAAACAACAACAAAUAUAACAAAUAAUCAUAAGCAAUCUGGAGUGAUCGUCGAAGCACGCACCGAGUAAAAGCGACAACAAAAACAAUUCAAAGUGAUUUUCUGAAUUCAAGUGAAAUUGUGUGCAACAAAAAGUGUUUAAAACAAAAACAACAAGUCUUAAGUUUACUGCAUUUUAAUUGAAAGAAAACUCUACACACGCGACCGCCACAAGUGUGAAAAUGGCCACGACAAUGCAACCAAGUGCCGCGCCAGCGAAUGCGGCCACAAAUCCUCAAUUGAAGCGCAUUGUCUACUCGAAAUAUCGCGAACUUUUGGGUUCCUACAACGACAAGGCGAAUGCAAUUAUCGAAACGCUGCCAGCUUAUAUGGUGCGCGAGGAUCGCGGUUUUCAUUGUGAGCCCAACAGCGCAGUGACUGCGACGGUAACAGCAGCGGCAGCGGCACCGCCAACAGUGGCGUCAACGGUGGCAUCGAAAACCAUAAUAAGUAUACCAGCCAGAGCACCAACAGCUUCGCCGCCAAGUCAACAUAUAACAGCAACAAUUGCUGGCACAACAUCGCCAGCAACACUGACAAAUGGCACGGCGCCACCGAAUUGCGCAGCGGCAGCGCUAUUACGACAGGUUGCCGCGGCGGCGGCGGCCGCAGCAGCAGCACAGGGUGAACGUGUGAGCGAAUUGUAUGGCGGCUCCGCUCAACGUGGCUACGAAGCGCCCGCUUGCGUUCAGAAUGCAAUGGUGACAAAAGACAAGAAGCCAUUCACCUACACACCGGGCGGCAUUGAUCUCUCACAAAUCAAAUCGGAGCGCAUGGCGAAACGUUUGGCGCGUAACGCACAAGCCGAAGGCGCCACGGGCGCCUCACAACAGAAUAGGCCGACACAGCCGCAAUCGCCGGGCAGUGGCGGCAAUGCUGCGUCGCAAAUCGGUGCCGCCGGCAUGGGUAUGCCGUUCCAGGUGUUGCCACCGCCGCCACCACCAGCGCCAACCGGAGUAGCGGGUAAGAAAUUGAAUGGCACAUCCGCACCGCCACCACCACCACCACCUAGCUCCUCCAAUACAUUAGCACCACCACAGAAUGGCGGUGGACCGGGUAGUGCGCCCGGUUCGCCCAACGCGCAACGCAAGUCGCCCACACCGCAACGUUUCGAACCGCCACCAUUGGGUUUCCGACCGGAAAUCAAAAUACCGCCAAAUCCAAUGGCGGCAUUGCGCAAAGUACCACCGCCGGUGGAGAAGAAUAACUUCUGGAAGGAUGAGUAUGUGCGCGAUCGCUCCAAGAGUCCCAUGGUGGGUGAAAAUGAUCGUGCUAGUUCACCGAAUACCGGUGCUAAUGGUCAUGCCGUUAGCGCCGCUUACGGUGAACCAGCUACGGUCAGUCUUAACAACAAACUGAACAACAACAACGAUGCCAACGAACAUGUCGAUGGUUACAAGAAACCAACAACGACUACCCAGCAACCUGAACUUAACUAUAACAGCAACAACUCCACUCAACAACAACAGCAACAAUUCACACCGCCUCAGCCGACAUACUCACCAUCUUAUCAGCCAUUGCAGCAGCAACCACAACAGUCCCAAUAUAACAACAUCACACCACCCUUGCCAGCUUCAUCGCCAGUACAACAAAUACAGCAGCAGCAACAACAAUCGCCACGCCCUGAGUUUCGUAGCGUCGCACCGCCUCAAUCGCCAAGCGUUAAUGUCUAUACGCGCCAAACGGACAGUCCACGUGCCGAAACUGGCACUCCGCCACAACGCGCUACCGAUAGUCCCUUCAGAUAUGGUGGUCCACAACCGCAACAGCAGCAGCCACCACAACAACAACGCGCUCCACCAGCUAUUUCCCCGCUAGCACAGCAGCAACCAUCAAAGCUGUAUACUUCAUCACCAACCGGCGCUGGAGUUCCGGCACAAUCAACAGCAGCAAACAAUUCUCCCAACUCACAGCCAGCGGCACAAACUGUGCCCUGGCGCACUCAACGUACUCCGACGCAACAACAAGCACAGCCGCAGCAGCAACAAUCGGCUGCGAUAUAUAACAAUGUUUCGCCACAGCAACAGCAAAGUCAGCCAGCUUCAGCCUAUCAAGGUCCCAAACCGACCAAUGUCGGCUCACUCUAUAUUGCACCCUUGGCAGCACCUACUGAGCCGCAGGCACCCACUGUUGUGCGUCAAUUUCAGCAACAGCAACAACAAGCACGCGAAUCACCAAUUCGUCAAAUACCGCAGCAACAACAGCAGCAAACACCACAGCAGCAACAGCAAGCACAGCCUUUACGCUCCACUGUGCCUUGGCUGAGCAGCAAGCCGAAGCCAAACGAUCAGCCAGAAUGGGCGCGUCCCGAAGAAAAUGGCAAUGUGGUGCCUUCGUCGUUGAAUCGCAUUAAGUCGCCGCCGCCACCACAGCCACAACAACAACAGCCGAUUUACUAUCAACAACAGCCACAACAGCAACAGCCGCAACCUCAGCUCUACAGCUAUCAGCCCGAGCAGGGUAACGGGUUUGCUGGAACAGCACCAACGAAUUUCGGUGGCCAUGGCAUUGGCAGCACUGGCUUGCGCUUGCAAAUCAAUACCAACCCUAUUGCCAAUAAUGCGUCAACUCAACAAACUGGUCCAAGGGAACGCAUUAUACCCAUCCAGUUAGAGCAGACACCGACGAAUACAUCGCAGCAACCGAAUUUCAAUGUCAGCUAUGGUGGCAUCACUACUGCACCGAGCAGCUAUGUGGCUCGUUCGCCAAAUCAAUUUGUUGAUCAAGGUUACAACAAUUUCCCACCCUCGGCUGGUGUUCAACAGCCAGCUGUUCAGCGUGUGAUGUCACCCACACAGCAACUGAAUGCACCACGCAUUGUACAGCAACAACAGCAAUAUACGAAUAACAACAAUGGCGCUAGCGUUGGCCCUAAUCGCUCACGCAUCAUACCCAUCGCUAUGGAGGGUGAGGGCACACGCGGCCCUAUUUCACCAUCACCAAUCGUUUUGCAAAAUGAAAACUACAAUCUGGUAGUUUACGAUUGUCCACUUGAGGCGGAAAUACGGUACAGAAUGAAUCGUCUCAGCGAUCCACGCUCGUCACCCAUACAAUCGAAAUCCUUUAGAAUUUUGCAAAAAAUCACUGACACUAUUGACGACGGUAACGGUGAUGAUAAGAAAGCGGAAAGCAAUGUCGACGUAGAGCCACAAUUACAACGACCACAAUACGCGAGACAAAUGAGCGCCCAACAGGCGCGUCAACAACCGAAUGUAGAGCAAAUGAGACGCAUGCAAAUCGCCGCCGAUCCACAACAGCAGCAGCAGCAGUCACAAGCGCCACAGGCAUGGAAUCAAGGUAAUGCUUUAAAAAGCUCACAGCAGCACACUAUUUACAAUUUCAAUGACAUGCCACAACCAUAUAUCCACCCUAGUGAACAACAAGUACCCGAACCGAAAAAAUAUACCGGUAGCGCAAUACCAAGUCGAUCGUUUAAAAUUUUGCAAGCGAUGACUACACCAGAAAAUGCUGUUUUCUCCUCAAAAAUUAAAAAAACCAAAAAAAAAAAAAAAAUAACCAAAAAUAUUUUAGCCGAGUUGGCAGCAACAGAUUGUGUUGAAUUGAACGAAAACCCUUUGAAAGCCAAAAAAAAUCCAAGAAAAAAUAUUUUAAAUAAAAAUUGUACUGACAAUGUGAAUGAAUAUAAUGAAGGCACAUCCGAAAUUACAAAUACACAUAGCACUACACACACUCCAUCCACCACAUCAUCCUCAUCCUCUAUAUCAUCGCUAAGUUCCGACUCUUGCACAUAUCCCAUACCUAAACAUCCCUACCCCGCCUUUGGCUAUGCAUAUCCUUAUCCCUGGUAUCCACCGCCGAUGCCACCGACAAACGGUGAAGCAUAUCCGGCAUGGCCGUACCCAUACAACAUGCCCCCACCACCACCACCUCCUUCAACACAGGCACAGACACCAACUAACGAACAUAGCGGCAAAGCCCCGCCACAUCCUGCAUAUGUCACACACUAUCCCUACUAUUAUCCUUACUAUCCCCCACCGCCCCCACCAUCACAUAACCCCCACGCUUAUAUGCAAUCACCACAUGCACAAAACCCCCCCAAUGAAUUUGAUUCGCAAAAUGCUUAUCACGAACUAAAUGCGAGCGCCGCAUAUCCCAGUUAUGUGCCGCCAUAUCCAUAUCCCUACCCGGUAGCGCCAAGCUACAGUCAGAGUACGACAUCGAGUCGCGCCAGCAGCGUAUUGCCCGACAUCAUUGUUACGCCUAGCACGGAUGAUAUGCCCUCACAGGUUAUACUGCAACAUCACAUAAAAACCGAGAAGAGUCAACCGCCUAAGCGCAACGAUGCCGUCGUGAUCGAAGAGGUCGCUACGAGUGAUAAUGAAAUGAAGCCGCAGGAGUUGAGGCGCGAACAACGUGAGGGUUCUGUUAUUGAUAUGUUGUCACAACGUUUUGCGAAUAUGUCUAAAGUUGUCGAACAUAACCUAAAUAUGAGCAAAGAUGUCGAGAAGAACUACGCAGGCGAGCGUGAUAAAGAAUUUGGCGAAAAAUCGCCGACGGAUAACGCAUCGCCAGUCCCAGUAGGUAUUGUGACUUCGUGUGCUUCGGAGACGGAAGUGAGUUCGGACUCAGAUAGCAGCAGUGAUGAGGAUACGGAUGUGACGCCCAAAUGUGUCGAAACGAAUGGCUUGCGGGCCAUAAAAUCUGUCACAAAUAUACAAAUCUACAAGAAUAAUAAUAUAAAUAUCAAUGAGGUGGAUGAUGAAGACGAUGUGACAACGGCUGACGGCGAAAGUGAUAUCUUCGAUGAAGAAGAUAAUGAAGAAGAUGUUGCUGAGGAACUGGAGUUGGAUGAAUAUAUUGAAGAAAAUGAUGAUAUGGACUAUGAUAACCUGAGUGUAAUAUAUGAAGAGGAGAGCGAAAUGGAACAUAGUAGUGAGAAGCCGAAUACAAUUAUACAACGUGAUGGCUCUAACGCCAGUGAUGCCACAACAGUUGAGCGCGACGACGCUGUGGAGCAGCAAAUUGAGGAGAAUGACAACAAUGAUGACGCAGAGGAGGACUCCACCUCGGUCACCGUACGUCUACCAUUAAAGUUCUCAUUUAACGAUGAGAAUAUAGCCACUGUGGAGGUCGGCAAAUCUGAAAUCGAAGAAAGACGACAUAGCACGUCUUCGGAAGGUAAGCGCAGCACUUCAUUUGUUGUUGCGGAACUUAAAAAUGAUUCUGACAAUGAAGCGGUAGAAACUUAUGAGUACGAUGAUGAUUGUGAAGUAAGUGUAACGAUAAGCUUGAGUGGUUCGUCACGUUCUAGUUCGAUGGAACGCAGUACCGACACACGUCGCGUCUCAGCAGCAUAUCCAAUUGAAGAGCUGCCAACGCCAGAGCCGCCAAGCGCAACAACGAGUAACGAAAAUGUUUCAGUGUCAUUCUCAUUAAAUUCGCGCAACAAAUUUAUGGAUCAAACAAUCAGGAAUGAUGUGACCAAUAAUAUAGCGACAUUCAAAAGUGCGACAAAAGUAAAAGAAGAAAUAAAGGAACCAGAUAUACGUACGAAACAAAUUAAAGAGGAGCCUGUGGUGAAAGAAUCAGUCACGCCAGUAAUACCCUCCGACGAUUUGGAUUUCUUUGCUACGCUACGUGCAACUAAACUGCAGGCGCAGAAAAUGAUGGAACAAUCAGCGAGCUAUUGGGGCAAGUUAAAGGAAAAGGAGGAACCCAAAAAGGAAGAAGUAAACGAGGAAGUUGUCAUCUCUACUGCGACAGACACAGAACCCGAGGUGGAUGAUAUUUGGGCUGAUAGAAAUGAUGAUUUACCGAAACCGGUGCCGAAAUUGAAAUUAGCCGACGCCAAAGACGAUUUCUGGUCUACAUUUGCAGCGGCAACAAGAAAAACACACGAGGAAGCGCAAACAGAAGAUGUUCUUGUAGAAAAAAUUUCAGAAAGCAUAGCUAUCAAGAAAGACAAAGCUAUCGUUCAGGUCCAAGUUAGACCUAAUGACAAAUUUGAAGACAUGGUUGAAGCUAAAGAAAAGAUCGAAGCUGUAGACGAAUCGGAAGAAGUCGACUUUUGGGCAGAAAUUGAAAAAUCCAAGGAAACUAAGGCAAUUGAGAAGAAACCCAAACUCAAAACUGCUACUGCAUACGAGCGUAAAGAAAUAAGUGAGGUUAUGCAUCGAUCAAACACUAUGAAGUCAUCUACAAAGGUUUUACCAACAGUGCUACAAGCCGAGUUGUAUACACCGCCUCCAUCAGAACAGGUGGCAGAAGAGUCUAGCGAUAGUGAGGAAGAUGAUUCUUUGGAAGACGAAAAAGAGGUUGAUUAUAAAAACGUGAAUAUUAGCAGAAAACUUUCCGAACAAAAGGCGACAGUAGAGGAGAAGGAGGAUGAAGAAGACUUCUGGGCCUCUGUGGAGAAAGCUAAAGCGGCAAUUGGUACAACAAAACAAUACUCAACUCACGACAAUAUAGAAGUUGACUCAGCAGAAGCGGUUGCUGAAGAAAUCGAUUUCUGGGCUGACAUUGAAAAGAACAAGAAUAUUACAACCAUAAUAAAAGAUUUACCACCCACCUACAAUGAGGAGGUACCAUCAGCCCAAGAUGUUGUUGAGGAAGUGGACUUCUGGGCUAACAUAGAAAAUAACAGAGAAACAAUAGCUACAACUGAACCACGUUCAACGACCAACAAUGUGGUGGCACCUUCAACACACGCCGUUGUAGAAGAAAUCGAUUACUGGACAAACCUUGAAAAUAAGCCGGAAGCAUCGCAGACUUCUCAACAUAUCUACGAUCCCACACUUUACCCCGAAGAACCACGUGAAGUUGAUACCGAUGAAGAGAUCGAUUUUUGGGCAGAAAUUGAAGCUAAGCAUCAAGACACGGACGACGUUAAUUUCUAUAAAUCUGCAUCUUUUUGGGCCAACCGUGAACGCCAUAAUUCUGUCGAUGAAACACCUUAUUCUAAAGUACUACCUAAACCUUUCCCUGCUAACUUGCCCGAUGAGCCAACUGUAAACGUGGGUCUAUGGGCAGCAUUAGAAGCCGCGAAAGGUGAAGAACCCGUAUACAUUGAUCCAAGCGCAAGUGACAUUUGGGAAGUGGCCUCUCUACACGAACCUGUUGUGGCAAAUAUAAGGGAGCCACCAGUAGUGACCAACGAGUUUAACAAGCCAUACCAAGACCUCGAACAAUGGAUAAACAACAACGAUAAUAAUGAAAAUACUGAACCGGUGGUGGAGGAGAGCCCUAAACUUGAACGCGCCGAAGAUGUAGAUGACGCAAACAUUAAGCGCAAUAAUUAUCGGAAAGCUAUGGCCUUCUUCACUACGUCGAUUGACGAGCAGAAGGAAGUGAACGCCGAGAAAAAGCUACGAAAAGGACGUUCUUCAAAUAGAAACUCGCUGGUCGGCACAGAAACCACGAAUGCAAAUGAAAAAGAAAUCAUAGAAAAUGCAGUAAACAACUACUACAAAGAAACCCUUGAACAGUCUACAGCAAGAGGCAAAAGUGUCGGGGUGGACAGCGUCUGUACUGAAAAUAGCCUAGAAAAAUCUAUUAAUCAGGCAAGAGGUAAAAGCGUUGGUGUGGAAAUCGAAUAUAAUAUAAAAAAUACAGAGAUACUUAGUGAACCAAUUGCUACCGAUGCAUACACAGAACGCAAUAAAACGCCCACUAAUUUCGAGCAAACCCUACCCGAGGUUUAUGUGGAGCCCAUUGUGGAAAGAAAACGUUUACCUAACGGUUUACCAGAUUUGGGUGUUAAGAAGGAAGAAGUUAAGAUUUCAGUACGUGAUAGAAUCUCUGCUUUUGAAACUGGUGCAGUGGAAUCGCCAGUCACAGUAAAGAAAACUGAGGAUAGCAAAACACACUCACUCUCGGUAGAGAGCUGCACACCCAGAGGCACACUAUCGCGUAACAGUUCACAACGUUCCGAGUCGGAAAUUGAAGAAGAUGACUCGGGUGUAACAGAUAUGAAUAAACUACUUUCAGAAACUGACACCGAAUCGGAAAGCUUUCCCGAGCUGCGUAAAAUGAGCAGCUAUCAACGCGCCGCCACACAUUCCAGACUCUUUAAGCUGCUGCAAGACGACAACGAUCCACUCGAAGACGAAAAGUUGAACAAGGAGCUCGCCGACGAGUAUCAUGCCAAACCCAGUCGCCGCAAGAUCGUGCAUAAUGUAUCCAUUACACGUCGACAGAAUCCGAAAGCGCUUACCGAUGCCGAAACCAUGUCGCAACGACGCGAGCGACUCUCUCUGCCACUACGUAAAAACACAAGCAUCGAUGCGGAUAAUCCCUCGACACCCAACAGUCCAGCCUCACCCAUUAUGGGACAGCCGUCCAGUAACACCAGCGUCAGCGAUAAACUAGUCAAUGAAUUGGUACAGAGUUUGCUAUUAAAACGCGAUAGUAGUCAUUUGCGUCAAAUGCCUAUGGAAAAGCUGCAGGCAGCUGCCAAACGUGUGCUUGAAGAAGAGCUAGACUCGUUGGAGAAUACAUCCGUCGAGACGACACCGGCACUCACACCAAACGACAUCAAGAACGACAAAAGCUAUGCCGACUACUAUGAUACGUGGUCGCACGCGAACGGCAGUGUGGACGGCAUGCCACCGAAAGCAUAUCGCGCCUUGCAAGAUGUGCCGCGACGUAGUCCUUGGUCCGUGCGUUGCCCACGUGUGCUUAGCUCGAAAACAAUAAAUCGCGAUUUGGCGCGUGUAACCGAGUCGCCAGAAAUUUUCGCGCGAAAUAGCAAAAGUCCCGACUGUCUCUCGCAAUCGCGCGAGGGUUCAGUGAGUCGUUGGCGCAAAGUUUAGCGCGCACAGAAAGGGCUCAUUAGGGUGGCGGCACAUACAAAGCGGGUGAGCGUCGUCAAAACUGGGGGAAAUCGUAAAUGCUUAAGUAAAAUAGGUGUUUAAAAUAUAGUUGUAAGGAAAUGCAAAUAACGGUGAUGCAAAUUAAAAAUUUGAAACGCGCUUUUGGUGCAUGGCACCAAAAAAAUGUAAAGAACUUAAAAAAAAAAUUUAAAAAGUGUAUAAUUGCGACAGCUGAGCUGUAAGCAAAAGACACACAUAUGCAAGGAAACAAUUUACUAUAAUUUAUUAGUUUUUUUUAUUAGCUGGGUGGUAGCACCAACUCGCACAGGUCAACAAACCCAACACUGCCUUUUUGCACUCAGUUAAUGGAAAAAGUUUAAACAUAGAAAAGUCGGCGCAUGGAAUGUGUUCAACUUUUAAUUUAUUGUAAAUAAAAGUAUUUUUAAAUAUUUUAUAAAAAGCAUAAAGUGAAAGCAGCGUUUAAAUAUUUUUUGUUUUUAUUAAAUACAAAACACUUUUUAAGCAGAAUUUUACACUUAGCCAGCCAGAUUUUGCAUUUUGCGAAUCAUUCAUGCUCUCAAAAUAACCCAACAACAAGCACAGUCACAUAAAUCAUUGAAACAUAAAAAGUACACAUUUUUGACAAAACAAACGAGUCAACAAAAUAUAAAAAAAAAUCAGCAUAAUUAACUGU